AUGAUUCCUCUAGCCGGUCCAGAAACGAUUUCAGGCGGCGGUUCCGCCAAGACUCCACCGACGCAGCUCAGGCUCUCAGACUCUCAAAACGCAGGAGGUCCAGCGCGGGAGGCUGUAGACGCUUGGGUCGGCGCAUCCGGUGCUUCCAUCUCUCAUCGAGAACCAAGCCCAUCGCGACGCAGGAGCCCGCGACGGCUGACUGUAUACUCGCGGUGGGAGAAUGGACCCAAGUCGACGGGUCGGAUACCACAACAAUUCAAGAAGUGGAAGGCGGCUCGGGUUGGAACGAAGAACGAAAAGCGCCGCGGUUUAAAUCGCUUUUCGGUGCCUCUGGGUUUGUGGAGGUCGAGAAGCCCCAAGCGAGCCUGCUCUCUGUCAAAGGCAAGCUCAACCAAGAGUAUCCCACCAAGAAAGAAUUUGUACCUGAAGCUGAGCUCUGCUCAAGACAGAAAAAGACAAAGCUCACCUCUGAAACCCAACGUGAGCCAGGGUUAG